CGCUUCUCUAGCUGCUUGCAUCCCAGCUCUGUAAAUAACGCAAACCUGCGGUAAUAAUACAACAGUCUGCGGGUCUACAGCCAUACACGCAUUUAAAGCAACAUUUUAAAUGCCAUGCAAAUGGAUGAGCAAGUCAGCGUAAGAUCCAUAGAGGUGGAACUGCACAUCCAGAGAGGGGGAGCUGGACGCCAUUUGGCUCUGCAGCGAACACUACUCGACCUGAGCAGCUUCAACAUGCUGAUAAUAACGUACAUAAUACAUAACGCAUCGGACAAAGAAGAUUUAAAGUUGACAACCAUCUCGUAUGGGAAUGAACAAGGUGUGGACAAUCCAGCAUUUGUGAAGGAGGAUAAAUUAACAGAAGACCUGAGUGACAGUGAUAAAGAAGAGUCAGAGAAGGAGUCAAAAUCAUGUCUUAGCAAAGCAUGCAUACCCAUCACGGCCACAGAGAUCUUCUGCAAGACACACUCCAAAAUAAUCAAAUACAUUGCAUUGGGAAUCUUUGCUGCAGGUUAUUUGGCAUACUUCAUUGCUGCAUGUUAUUUGGACUUCCAGAGGGCAAUUGCUCUGGUUGUCCUCACUUGUCUGGGGGUGUUCAUCGCCGUGUGCGAAAUAGUGAAUAAGUACAAGGGUGACAGUAUAAGGAGGUUCUUCAAGCCUGCUCAAAGGUGUUUCAAGUCCAACAUCAGAUGGAUAAAAUGGGUGUUCAUAGUAAUUGUGCUGGGACUGCUGGUGGCAUGGCUGGCAGUCGACACACGAAAGCGCCCAGAGCAGCUCAUCUCUUUUGCCGGUGUCUGUCUGUUCAUUAUUGCUAUAUUUCUCUUCUCUGCACACAGAACUGCGGUGAGCUGGAGGACUGUCUUCUGGGGACUUGGUUUACAGUUUGCUAUCGGCCUGUUUGUCAUUAGGACAGAGCCUGGUCUCGCAGCCUUCGAAUGGCUUGGAAAGCAAGUUCAGAUAUUUCUGGACUACACAAAAGCCGGUUCAAGAUUUGUGUUUGGAGACCUCAUCGAAAACAUAUUUGCUUUCCAGGCUCUGCCUAUAGUGGUGUUCUUCAGCAGUGUGAUGUCAGUGCUGUACUACAUUGGGGUGAUGCAGUGGGUCAUCACAAAGAUUUCCUGGGUAAUGCAGGUAACGAUGGGAACCUCCUCUACAGAGACUCUCAGUGUGGCAGGGAACAUUUUUGUUGGUCAGACAGAGGCGCCCCUCCUGAUUCGUCCUUAUUUGAAGGACAUGACCAAAUCUGAGAUUCAUGCUGUCAUGACUGGAGGAUUUGCCACCAUUGCUGGGAGUGUUAUGGGGGCAUUCAUCUCAUUUGGGAUUGAUGCCUCCUCUCUGAUUUCUGCAUCGGUGAUGGCUGCCCCAUGUGCUUUAGCCAUCUCCAAACUUUCCUACCCUGAAACUGAAAAGAGCAAGUUCACAUCUAAAAGUCAAAUUAAAGUUGACAGUGGUGGUGAGCAGAAUGUCUUGGAAGCUGUCAGCAGUGGCGCAUCUGCAUCUAUUGGGCUUGUGGCCAACAUCGCUGCUAACCUGAUUGCUUUUCUCGCCAUUUUGGACUUCAUAAAUGCUAUUCUCAGAUGGUUGGGAGGCAUGGUGGGAUACUCAGAUGUCAGUUUUGAGUUGAUCUGCUCCUACGUGUUUAUGCCAGUGGCCUUUAUGAUGGGAAUUCCAUACGACGAGUCUUUUAAAGUGGCUGAACUUAUUGGCACUAAACUCUUCCUCAAUGAGUUUAUAGCCUAUGAGAAGCUGUCAGAGCUCAAAAGCAACAGACUUAAUGGCAUUUUAGAAGAUGGUGCAACUAAAAAUUGGAUCUCAAUUCGAUCAGAAAUCAUCUGCACCUAUGCCUUGUGUGGCUUUGCUAAUUUCAGCUCUCUUGGUAUUGUGAUUGGAGGCCUGUCCUCUAUUUGUCCACAAAAGAAGGGUGUCAUAUCUGCUUUAGUGCUCAGAGCCUUGUUCACAGGCACAUGUGUUUCCCUGAUCAAUGCCUGUAUUGCUGGUAUCCUUUAUGUCCCUCCACUGGACUGUGCGGGUCUGUUUCAAAACACAGUCUUCAAUACCACUGUGCCAAACAUUGAAACUUGCUGUUAUGAUCUUUUUAAAAGCAGCACUAUCAACAAUGAAACAAUUUCUUUCGAGGGUACCUGGAGUGGAGUGAAAAAUGCCACAAUUUAUUUUGCUAACUGCUGUGGUCUCUAUGACGCACCUGUGUGCAUGUAGUUUGGCCAAGAGGUAACAAUACAACAAUGCAGAAAACACAUCUCAACUAACUAUAAUGACUUUAUUUAUUAAAUUCCCACAUUUUAAAAUGUAUGUUCAGUUGAUAUAUGUAUGGACAUAGUAUAUUUGAUUUUAUUUGGUCAUUUACCUAUUCAAACACAAUUUCUCUAUUGAUAUAACACAAUGUGUUAGAGAACAAUGUAUGUGCAAGUAUUUUAUUGUUAUGUUUUGUUUUUAUGUAAAUGCUGUAAAUUGAA